AUGAAUAGAUUGAAAGAAAAUUGUUGCAUUGCAAGUUUAAGUAAAUACCAAUUUAUUUUUACAUCUAAGUUCAACUUGAGUUUUGGCCACCCAAGGCAAGAUAUUUGUUCUUUUUGUGCCGAACAGUUAACAAAGAUUCAAAUUGAAAAUGAUGAAGAUAUGAAAAUUGAACUUCAUUUAGAAUUAAAAGUACACCAAAGACGAGCAAAACGGUUUUUUGAACUAUUGAAGGAAGAAUCACCUGAUAGUGUUUCUGUAUCUUUUGAUAUGAUGCAAACACAGCCUUUGCCUAAAUUAUCAGUUACUGAGGUAUUUUAUAGUAGGCAAGUAUGGCUGUACAAUUUAACUUUUGUCAUAGCUGCACCAACUCAAAGCCCAGAAAACUGUUAUUUAUACACAUGGACAGAAUGUGAAAGUGGAAGGGGUCCAAAUGAAAUGUGUUCGUCACUCGUAGAUUUUUUAGAAAAUUUAGAAAGCCGACUGAUGUUAAAGGAAUCACCUCCCACAACCCUCAACUUGUUUUCAGACUCUUGUUCUGGCCAAAACAAAAACAAGUUCACCAUGAUAACAUUACUCUAUUACAUAAACCACAAAACAACUAUAUUCAAACAAAUUAAUCAUAUAUUCCCGGUAAGGGGGCAUAGCUAUAUGCCACCAGAUCGGGUAUUUGGACGUAUCGAACAAGUAUUGAGAAAAAAAGAAUCUAUUAUUUCUCCAUCUCAAUACUAUGAGAUUUUUAAGAGGUUUUGUACAGUAAAAGUGUAUGGUCAGGACUUCUCCAUCUAUGAUUAUAAGAGUGUGGUAAAAAAUCUGGUAAAAACCAAAUUCGAUUUUAAAUCAACUGAACAGAAAAUAUAUACAUACACCAAGGGAGAAAAAACUGUUGGAGUUUCCAAAACCUAUGGAGGAAUACCAACAAAAAUCGAAGUUGUUAAAAGAAACUCUAAUCUUGGUACGUUGUUUAAUAAUCUUGUACAGCUACCAAAAACUAACCAUGUAAAGUUACCUAAGCAAAACGAUGUUAAAAAAUUACUGAAGUACUUUAACAUUCCUGAAGACUCUACACAGUUUUAUGAAGAUAUCUUCAAAAAUAGUGAAGAUGUUGGAAAUGAAGACCUAGAAAAUGUAUAUGAUGAAGAUAAUGAUUGA